AUGGAAAAAAGAUUGGUGACGAAGGGGACUGAAGUCGGUAAUUCUAUUCAAGUUGAAGAGGAUUAUAAUUCCUACACAUAUGAAGAGCCUCCUACGUACCGUAAAGUUGUUUAUGAUGUGUUUCUGUGGUUGUUGUCCAACAUCUUCGAUUGUUUCUUCCGCGAAAUCCGAAGCAGAGGUCGUUAUAAGAUUCCUAGGCAGGGGCCCAUUAUUUUCGUUGCUGCUCCUCACGCGAACCAAUUCAUUGAUCCGGUCAUUCUGAUGGGGCAGGUCAAAAGGGCGGUCAACAAGAGGGUGUCGUUUCUAGUGGCCGAAAAAUCCUUGAAGCGUAAAGCAAUUGGUACUUUUGCUCGGUGUGCCAUGUCAAUAGGUGUUUCAAGGGCACAAGAUAAUCUCAAGCCAGGCACGGGCAAAAUCACAAUCAACAUGGACGAACCGCGGAAGGUCAUCGGCCAUGGUACCAAGUUUACCAAAGAGUGUAGUCCUCAAGGCCUGAUUGGCCUUCCUCGGUCGCUGGGUAAUGUGACCAUUGAAUCUGUAGAAAGUGAUACAGAAUUAACGAUUCGGAAAGAAUUUAGGAUGAACAAAUCGGAGGUGAAAAGCCUCUUAACAAAGGGAACUUCCUUCAAAUUUGCUCCUAAGGUUAACCAAAGGGAAGUUUAUCACCGCGUAUUUGAGCAUUUAUACCAUGACCAGUGUGUAGGAAUUUUUCCCGAGGGUGGAUCGCAUGACCGCACUGAUUUACUUCCGCUCAAGGCAGGUGUAGCUAUCAUGGCUCUUGGCUGUAUGAGUAAGCACCCUGAUAUCAAUGUGCGAAUUGUUCCUUGCGGCAUGAAUUACUUCCAUCCACACAAAUUCAGAUCUAGAGCAGUUGUAGAGUUCGGAAACCCAAUCGAGAUAUCGUCCGAGCUGGUCGCAAAAUACAACAACUCAGAAACGAAUCGCGAUGCAGUCAAGGAACUGUUGGACACUAUCAGUGAAGGCCUACGGGCUGUAACAGUUACAUGCCCAGACUAUGAAACAAUGAUGGUUGUUCAAGCUGUUAGACGACUCUACGCCGGACAUCUUUCUGCGAAGCUACCAUUAGCUCUUGUAAUAGAAAUGAAUAGACGUUUGGUACAUGGAUAUACCACGUUUAAGGAUGAUCCCCGCAUCAUGCAAUUGAAAGAAGAUGUCUUGAAAUAUAAUGCAAAUCUCCGCCACUUCAAUAUCCCUGACCAUCAAGUUGAGACAGCUAAGAUUAAUUUUACGAGAAAUUUGGGAUUACUUAUUUUUAGAUCUUUGAGAUUGUUGGUGUCUGUUAUUUUGGCUCUUCCGGGAAUAAUUAUGUUUUCACCGGUUUUCAUCGUUGCCAAGACAAUUUCCAAGAAAAAAGCCCGCGAGGCUCUAGCUGCAUCAACUGUCAAAAUUAAGGCUAACGAUGUUAUUGCCACUUGGAAAAUAUUGAUUGGAAUGGGUUUUGCUCCUCUGUUGUAUACAUUUUGGUCUGCGUUAAUCACCUGUUAUUUCCACGUUUCCAUCACCGAAAAUAAAUUUGUCAGUUUUGCUGCAAUUUACAUACUAUGCUCCAUGUUGACGUAUUCUGCUCUGAUUAUCGGUGAUAAUGGUAUGGAUGUUUUCAAAUCCUUGAGGCCACUUUACUUAUCCAUCACAACACCAGAAAGCUUGAAAGAUUUACAGAAGGAAAGAUGUGUUUUAGCUGAAAAAAUAACUGAAACAGUCAAUACUUUGGGCCCACAGAUAUUCCCCGACUUCGAUGCAGGAAGCUUGUUCGAUAAGUAUAAGAAUGGUUACUCUCAGUUUGAUGAGGAAGAAGAGGACAGAAAAACUUCAGAAUUGAGGCGCAGAAGAUUGCUUAAGAAGAAGAAGCAAGGUAUUGAGCGUAAGAAAGAAAUAUCUUCAACUGAAAGUGAGGAAGAAAGUGAUGCUGUUUCGAUGAUCAAUAGUGAUAAUUCCUUAUCCAAUAUUCCUAUUUUUUCAACUUCUGGAGCUCGGUCAGGUUCAGUAUCGUCUUUAACAUCAUUGAGCUCGGGGUUUGAAAUUGUGGAAGACAUGACCAGGGAAGACGAGCUCAGCCGGAAAAUUGCACACGCAGUGCGUGAAAAGAGAUUUUUAGACUAG